GAUCGCGAGUGCUGGCGUUCGUCGCCGCCUCCGAUUUCGUCUCUUUUCCUAUUCACUUUACUGUCGCCUAAUUUCGCUUUCAAUUUGGACGUCUAUGCUCCCAUAUACAAAUAUGGUCCUGAUGGAACCUACUUUGGCUAUACAGUCGCCGAACAUUUCAAGGGAGAUGUGCCAGUUGUACUCGUAGGAGCUCCUCGUGCCGAGUCAGGUCAAAUAGGGACAAUCCAGGCAGGCGCUUUAUUUGCUUGCCCCAUCAAUACCAUUUAUUCCGGCAAUGGAUCGCAAUGGUGUGAACAAGUUCGUUCUGAAUACGAGGACAAAUCAUCAUAUCAGAAAUCGCCAGAUCUAACACUUACCGGACGGGAAGUUCAUUACCUCGGGAAAAAUGGAGAACUGCUCGGCGCAUCUUUGGCCUCUCAGGGCACCAGAAGAGGAGGGGCUAUUGUUUGUGCUCCAUUGAUGCGAUUUCACAACACUAGUGCCUACACCCAAGGCGCCUGUUACGAGCUCAAUUCUGAUUUAACCUUGGGGGGCACGUACACUACUUGCCUCCAGAAAAAUCUUCCUAAACUUGAUCGGCACAACGAAUACGGAGCAUGUAUGGAAGGUUUUUCAGCAGCUUUUUCUGGGAACGUUGUCGUAACCGGCUUGAUUGGUGCAAUGAAGUGGACUGGAGGAGUGUACGCUCGCAAAUCGGAAGGUGGAAUUUUCGGCACCACUAUCGAGAAAUAUACAAUGGCGCCUGAAGAUGGAGGGGUACGAACUAUGUUAGCUGCACAUGACUACCUUGGCUAUUCGGUAAACGUUGGACGAUUCGGAUUUUGGUAUGAAAAUGGAGAAAAGGCGACAAUAGUUUCUGGCGCCACGCGUUUUGGACAACAUGGGGCUGUAGUGUUCCUUCCCUUCACGAGAGAGCGUGGAGAACUUCUGACAUUCACUGAGGAUAGAUUCGUUCUGAACGGCACCAAAAUGGGGUCCGCUUUCGGAUACGCGAUUGCGGUUGUAGAUCUGAAUAACGACGGUUUCGACGAUCUAAUUGUUGGUGCUCCUUUUGAACAUCGCGCUGACGCUGACGGACAUUUUGGCGGAAUUGUUUACGUUUAUUUUUCUCAAGGAGUAGAACGUAAAAAGGGCGAAUCAAAUAAAGUUUUCCAUUCUCCUGUAACGCUGAAGGCACCCGGAUUUUUCUCCCAGUUCGGUCUGUCAAUUACAAAACUCGGAAAUCUUGAUGGUGACAAGCGCGGUUACAAUGACUUUGCUGUUGGGGCUCCAUUUGCCAACGAUGGAAAAGGAGCAGUUUACGUCUAUUUGGGCGAAAAGUCAAAGAAAGAAUUCAGAACGAAACCCGCGCAGGUUAUCAUGAGUUCCGAUCUUCCGAAUAUUCGGCGUCCCGUAAGAUCCUUUGGAUUUUCUUUAUCUGGUGGUUCUGACCUCGACGGGAACGGAUAUCCUGACCUUGUCGUUGGAGCGGUUACUGAAGGAGUGGUCACGAUAUUGCGAUCGCGGCCUGUGAUAAGCAUUAUGGCUGCACACAAGACAGCUACCCCAUUCAUUGAUAUCGAAAAAGGUAGAAAUUGCCCGCGUGGUACUUUUUUUAUAUGUAAUUUUUCCGUUAUCUUCCGUUUUUCAGAGCAGAUUUGGUCGAUUUCAAUUCAAAUGUGUUCAUCUGUAAUCCCGGUCAGACAAGGUGUUCCGUUGAGGGCAUCCAUAGCUAGGUCUGCUUCUACGAAUCACAGUUGGCCUUGCGGUCGAGACGCUCAUCGUCGAAAGCAAAAGUAUACGGAAACCAUUUAUAUACCUGUGAUCAUCUUGCAGGAAAACGACAAUGCGGCGAAGGACUGGAUAAACCCACUUAAGUUUCGUUUCACUGUGCGAAUAAUGAAUGAGCGGAAGCCUUCUCAUCCAGCUGAAGGGCGUCCAAUUGUUGAUUUGAAGCUGUAUCCGAUCCUCAAUAAGUAUGGUGCCAGUUACGAAUUCCAGAUACCUUUUAACACGAGAUGCGGUGACGAUCAAGUAUGCCAAACCGACCUCGUCCUUAAAGCAGUUUUCGUUGAUAUACCAAAGACUGAGAAGGGAUACGUGUCGAAUGUAGGCGAUAAGGAUUAUCUUGACAUCACAUUUACUGUGGAAAAUCGUAAAGAGAAAGCGUAUCAAGCAGCGCUGUUCCUCACUUACGAUCCAGAAGAACUUGAGCUUCCCAUGGUCGUCGGAGCCAAGCUUGGCUGGGAGACUGUUGGCAAAAAUGUUGUUAUUGUUCACCUCGGUAACCCAAUGGAUUCCAAUGUUAAGCACUCGUUCGAUCUCCGUUUCAAGUUAAUGCGUGGAAGAACAGAAGGAAUCGGUCGGCCGCUCCAAUUUUCUGCCAUCGUCAACUCCACUUCGAAGGAAACAAAUCCAGGUGAACUAUUUACUUUUGUAAUAGAAAGUGACUCUUCAGUAUUUUCAAAUUACUCCCUUUUCCCAUUUCAUGUUUCCUAUUUUCAGGUUGGGUAUUGCGAGGCUUACUAUCUGUCAAAUGAAUCUUCAAUGGAUUUGGAGGAAGACAUUGGUGUUAUGGUUCGUCAUAAUUAUACAUUGCAUAAUAAAGGACCAUGGACUGUGCGCAAUGUCUAUGCCAAGUUCGAAUGGCCUUUCCAAGUUGAAUCUCCUCGACAGAAAGGAAAGUGGGCUCUCUACUUACUUGACGUGCCUACUGCAACAAUUUAUAACACUGAUGGAAGUCGGAAGCUUGAGCAUGUGAAUCCACUCGAUCAUAUCAAGCUGAACACUAAGUAUACUACGCAGGAGACGACACCUCAUGCACCCGUUACACGGCGUGUCAAGGGUUGUGCUGAAAAAACGGCGAAGUGCUUCACGGUUACGUGCCAUUUCGACUUUCUAGACGCGAACUCCGCUCCAGUUAUCGACUUCCGGGCACGAUUAUGGAACACAACUUUUAUUGAGGACUACUCUGAUGUAGAAUACGUUGAAAUAGCUUCAUAUGGAAGAAUCGAAUUGGACACAAGUCAAGGAAUUGAAGAUGAUCCCAGCAAUAAUGCAAUCAGCGUUAAAACGGUCGCAUAUCCCGAUAGACCUGCUCUUGGAUCUCGUCCUGUGCCGUGGUGGAUAAUCCUAGUCAGCGCAUUGAUUGGCCUUCUUAUUCUGCUUAUUAUGAUUUUAAUACUAUGGCGGUGUGGUUUUUUCAAAAGGAAAAAGUACGAACCCAGUCUUUAUCGUGCCGAAUUACAACACGAACGAGAACAGUGGAGUCAAUCGCAAAUGUAG